CUGAACAGAGCGCGAGCGAAUAAGACACACGCGGCUAAAAAGUGCACAAAAAAGCUGAGAGCCAGUGAGAAGUGUAGGCAACAAAUAAAAACGGGGAAAAGUGCACAAAUUAAACAAAAAUAAUUCAACCAAUUGCAGUGCCGAGUAUUUUUAUUGUUUAUUGAUUCCCCCCCAUAAUGUGUUUAACUCGUGAUCGACCCUUAACAUUACACAACCCCAGGCUAAAUGAACAACUGAACAGUCGUGUGAACAUGUAAUGAAUAAUUACUCUGCAUUUGUUGAUGCCGAGGCAAUCAACAUGAAUUAAAGAAAAGUCGAAAUGCAUAUGACUUUAAUUGAAACGCUGAAAACUAUUCAAUAAAGUGCAAUGCCAAGGCUGCUUUGACGGUCAAGGUUACAAUCGAGGAACUUAAAACCGUAUAUGUUUGAUUUUAAAGCCAAUUCUAAAACUAUUUGUUUUUGUGAUUUGUCGUACACCUUUGUUGACGGCACCCACAUUGCGAAUAUACAACAGCAAACGCAAACUUUCAGAUACAUCCAUGAGUGCUAAUAAAGUGUAAAGUCUGCUAACUGAUAUAGUGUGAACAGUGAUAAAGAUGUGAAGUGAAGUGUCGUAGCUUAAGCGAAGGAAACCAGGAAGUAUUGCACCAGCUUGCCCCAGUUUGAAUUUAUCACCUUAAUUCCAAAAGCCGCACGAUGAAUGCCACCGAGGACUAUAUAUUGAUGGACCCGACGGAACAGAUAUCGCAGACUUUGGAUCUGCAGCAAAAUGACACACAUAACCAGCGAACACACCCCACUGUGGAAGAGUAUUAUGAAAACAUGACUGCCUUUCUCAGCCUCGCCAUCUUCAUAGCCAGUCUGCUGACCAUCCUGAACAUCUGCAUCUUCUCCACGACGGUCUCACGGCUGCGGCGUCACCUGAACACCCCGCUCUUGAGGCCCUCUAUUAUAAUGGUCGGUCUGUAUCCGAUUAUCUCGCUGGCUGCCCUGGUUACCAUCCUGGUGCCCUACUCCUGGUUCGCCUGCCACACGGUGAUGCACGUGAUGUUCAUGGUCGGAGGACCGGUGUUCCGUACCCUGCUCUUCCGUUACGUAAGCUCGGAGCAGAACUACGUGAAGGAGACGGGCGGCGAGGCGGUGCAACUUAAUACUCCACCUUGCUGCUGCUGCUGCCUCUGCCUGCCGCUGGUAAUUCCCACCAAGGCGAAGCUCUGCAUCUCCAGAUACAUGGUCUGGCAAAUGCCCUUCUGGCAGGGGUCCAUCAUGCUGGUGAUGAACAUCCUGUACUACAGGGACAUUCAGCUGUACCACCAGGUCAUGUACUUCUUCAUCCCCUUCAUAGUCUGCUCCAUUGUCCUGGGCGUGUGGUCCCUUCAAAUCACGGUGCGGGCGAUCACCAAGCUGCGGGGCGACUAUCAGCUGAGGAAGAAGAUGUUCUGCCUCCAAUUGGUGGUGAUGUUGUGCAAACUGCAGUACCUGGUUCUUUACGAUCAGCUGGAUGGCAUCAAAAUGGGCGGGGAGUAUCCCAUUAACCACACCAUCUACAAGCAAACUAUCAUUAACAUCCUUAUCCUAGUGGAAAUGGUUCUGGUGUCCAUGAUGGUUCAGAGUGCGUAUCGCACUCCCAUUCAGGUUCAAAUCGAUGAGGUCAAUAAGGAAAAGGAAGUAACUCGCAUUUGAGUCAUUUUGCGGAUGAUGGAGCUUUAGUAGAAAGUAGCAAAAUAUUGUGAUAAAUUUAAUAAAGAAAAAGUAGUUAAAUUUAUAUGGAAAUA